CCCAAAGUUCAGACUUUCUUUGUCUUUUUUUCUAUUUGAUUUUGUUAGUUUGGAUUAUAUUUAAUGAUCUUUUAGAUUUUCCACGACAUCAUAAGCUCAUUGCAGCACCUUCUUGUUUCUGAGAGACUUUGGAAACAUAAGAACAAAUAUAAAUGAUGUGUGUUGACCUCCUGCUGUUGGCUCCGAGACUUUAAAUGAAUAAAUAAUCUCCCUCGUGACGCACCCGUUUUGAUAUCGAAGUGACUUCAAUGGGCCUGAACUACUAACUAGCUCACAGCUAGCAUAGAUCCUCUCCAGGCUGCUGCAGGGUUAGCUUUAAGCUACAUUUCACUCAGGGGAUCCAGAGUUUAUGUAUCAGGUCAGAUCUUUAGAUGCUACAUGAGGUCAGCAGAUCUCUCUAGCUGUGUCUGUCUAGUGGUUUACAGAGUUCAUAGAGCUCUGAACACAGCCACGUCCUGCGUCUGAAAAACAGUCAUCAGGAUUCACUGCAGAGGAACGAGCUCUCUUACCAAGACAGCAGCAAACCAGACCGGCCCGCAGCAGAGAGACCGGAACCCCUUCAUACUCAGUCUGACACUAGUCCAGGAGUUCAUUACGGAUCCAUUUGACAAAUGAAGUUGUUAUUGUGUGUCUGAUGUGGUGGCGUGACUCCUGACAGGAUACAUCAGAGAGUGCCCCCCCCACCCCGAACUCUGGUGAUCUGAAAGCACCUGAUUCAGUAGCUGCAGUUAAUGACCCGUGGGUUUGCACGCGUCACAGUGAAGUGGAGCGUGGGUUUGAGGCUCGGUUCAGAUGGCCUGCCCGGCUGAGUAUAUAAAGGAGGACUAGAGCUAACCUCUGCCAGACUGUGGUGUGGAUACUUCUCCACAAGAGAGGGGGUUAAAUGGCUCUGCAGGACCUGUGCAACCUCCAGGAAGUCUUUCCUGACACGGGUCACUCUCAGUUUGGGAAGAGGAGUUACUCUGAGAGCUGUUUUUCCGGGAGCAGCUCUGACCCGUUUACCUUCUGCAUCCCGGCCGCAGAGUUCCUGGAGCAGAGUCCUCUGCAGUUUGGACAGGGGAGUAGUGCUUUCACCUCUCAAGACCUCCUCCUCUCCUCCCUAUCUUGGCCCCCCGGCCUCCCCCAGGACUCCCCUCAGUCCGUCCCCCUUCCCUUCCCCAUGUCCCACGGUACCACCACCCUGGCCUUCCUGUUCCAGGGGGGCGUUCUGGCGGCGGCCGACACCCGCUCCAGCUGCUCGGGGCUGGUGGCAUGUCCGGCCUCGCAGAAGGUCCUGCCGAUCCACAGCCACAUGGUGGGAACCACAUCGGGAACCUCAGCGGACUGCGCCCUUUGGAAGCGGAUCUUGGCUCGAGAACUCCGGCUCUACCAACUCCGGCACGGCCGGCGCUUGUCCACGGGCGGCGCCGCCAAACUGCUGUCCCACAUGCUGCACCCGUUCAAAGGCAGCGAGCUGUGCGUGGCCGCCACGCUUUGUGGCUGGGACGGCGGGGACCUAGAUCAGGACCAGCAACCGACCCAGGGAGGAGCAAGACCUGAUCCCAGCCAUCCAGUCUCUCAGAGCUCUGUCAAUGCUCAGCAGAGCUCUGGCAGAACGCGGUCCUCUGGUCCCAGUCUGUACUACGUUUGCAGUGACGGGACCCGCCUGCAGGGGUCCCUCUUCUCCGUGGGCUCGGGAUCGCCCUACGCCUACUCCAUCCUGGACCAGGGUGUGAGAUGGGGUCUCACACUGCAGGAGGCCACGUCCGUUGCCAGGGAGGCUGUCUACAGAGCCACUCACCGAGACGCUUACUCAGGGAACUGUGUGGACGUCUUCCAUGUCUCCUCUGCGGGGUGGAGUCGCCGGAGCAGGGAGGACCUGAGGGAGGAGUACUACAGGGAAAGGGAGAGACGAGAGAGGGAGAGACGGGAGUCUGAGUGAAGACAAACAGGAGUGACAGAGAUCAGCAGAUGGUCGUUCCUUGUAAUGACAGUCCCUUCAGAUCAUGUGACUCACAGGUCGGGGGUCAAUGUAAUGUCGCUGGUCUUUUUUUCCCCGUCUAGAUGUGUAUUUUGUGAAUUGUGUAAUUUUGUUUCUGAUAUUAGAUUAGAAGCAUGUGAGAGAAAAGCUACUCCUUUCAAGGUUGAAAACAUUCAGAAUGAACAACAGCAACAAAGACACGCAUACAUAAUAAUCAGUAACCAAAUGAAGUGCAGGAAAUAUUUGAUUAGCAGAGUAUGGUAA